UGUUUGGUAUCGGACCAACUCGAGCGAGAGAGAGGCGAUGGCGUACCGGAGGAAGCAGCCGGCGGCGAGGAUCUCGACCACCUUCGAGGACCCACGAUCCGCCGCCUCUGCUGCCGAGGAGCAGGCGUCCCUGGCCACGCGCGCGAUCCGGGCCUCCGCCGCCCACCGCGACGCCUCCUCCCUCUCCUCCGCCUAUGGAGAGUCUGCCGUAUCCUCUCCCCACAACGAAUCCCAUCGGAUGAGAUCGUCGCCUCCUCCGCAGCGGGACUCUGAAUCCUAUGAAUACAUAUCGAUGAAAAAUUUAAAUGAGUCCAAAUAUGGAUUCUGGGGGACAUUAGCCAGGAAAGCUAAAUCAUAUGUUGAUAAUGAUGAUACAAACAAUCAAUUUCAAGCGCUUGAGAGGAACCCGCAUCAGACAUUUGGCAGGUCAACUGUUGAUCGGUUUCAUCAUGUGGAUCCGUCACCUGAGAUAUAUCAAAAAACUGAAACAACUCAUAAACGUUCGGAUGCGAUUGGUUCUUCCCUUAACCAUAUUGGUGGCACAAUAAAAAAUGCUAUUGAGGAGGGUCUUACAAUUGUGGAGAAUAAGACAGCCAACAUUAUCCAUGAAACACGUAAGCUUAAUAUAAGGAGAAAAGGAAAUGCUGCCACCAUGCAGGGUCAGGCUGCAGAAAAGUUGGGUCAAGAAUAUAUCCCUCAGAUUCAAACUGAAUAUGAAACUCAACUGAAGGCAUCUCGCGACGUUGCAAAUGCAAUGGCUGCAAAGGCAAAACUUCUUCUUAGGGAAUUGAAGACUGUCAAAGCAGACCUUAUCUUUACAAGGGAACGUUGUGCUCAGCUUGAAGAAGAGAAUAAAAUGCUUAGGGAAAGCCAUGAGAAGGGCGAUUGCCCUGAAGAUGAUGAUCUGAUUCGACUUCAGUUGGAGACUUUGUUGGUCGAGAAGGCAAGACUGGCACAUGAGAAUUCUAUAUAUGCACGGGAGAACAGAUUUCUAAGGGAAAUCGUGGAGUACCACCAACUCACAAUGCAGGAUGUUGUUUAUGUGGACGAAGGUGUUGAGGAGGUCACUGAGGUGUACAUGACUCCUAAUGCUUCCUUAACUCUGACGCGGGCUGCCUCCGAAGCAAGCACAGGUUUCAUCUCGACACCGCUAGCCCCCGCUCGUACAAACAGUAGCCCUGCCACUCUUCAGCCAUCUUUACUACCCUUGCCUUCUAUCAUCGUGCCAGAAGACUGUCCUAUUGUUCCGAUGCAGCCCCCACUCUCUGUUCCGACGAAAUCAACUCUGCCACCUCAAUCGGCCGCCUGAAAUCAGGGUUGUAUCGAAUUUGAUAUUGCAAUACUGACUGUAUCCGCUGGUGAUCAUAUCAGAUGGUGAUACCAACUUGGUCAUUCUAGUUCUGUUGGCAUCAUCUAUUGUGUCGGUUUGUUUGCUGGUCAAUAGUGUUCGUUUGUACAGUGUUUCCAACUGCUGUUGUAAACUAUACCCUUUUUUUUUUUUUUUGGGGUUCGGUCAUUCAUUUUGCUGCACAAAUUUGUGCUAAAACAUUGCUUUUAAUUAUUCACACAUCUGGGCAUAUUCGUCCAACCCACAGUCCUUUUCAUCA